AUGGGAAGUAAUAAAGAUGAUGGGCUAUUGAACAGGAUCUCCUUUUCAGGACCAGCAUCCUUUGGAAGCAGCCACGUUGCCAGUCCUCACAGUAUACCACUCCAAGAACCAUAUAGUGUUCCUUUCCAUUUUGAACCAACAUACUGGGACCAUCAAGCUUUCAAUGGAUAUUCUGGAAGAUUCUCCUACCUACCCUUUUCUGGAUAUGUUGGGGUCUAUGACUACCCUUUUGAACCUGCCUUCAUUCGGAAGAGGAACGAAAGAGAGAGGCAGAGGGUUCGUUGUGUGAAUGAGGGGUACGCAAGGCUCCGAGACCAUCUUCCUAAAGAGCUUGCUGACAAGCGUCUCAGCAAAGUGGAAACCUUGAGAGCUGCCAUAACUUACAUCAAACAUCUUCAGAAUUUGCUGGACUACCAUCCUUUAGGGACAAAUGCUAAAGCAGCCCUUCCUGCUGCAGAUGCUGCAGGUGCUUCUGGACUGAAUUUAAGAAGAGACUGUAACAGUGAUGGAGAAUCUAAGACCUCUUUAGCUUCAUCUCCUUACAGCGAGUUUGAGGAAGUUUGUACCUAG